AUGCAGAAUCUGACUGUGGUUUCUAUCAAUGCAACGUCCCCAAAAAGCUUCUCUGUGAUCAUCAAGGUGUGUGUGGUAAUCCCAUUGUUCUGCGUCUUCCUGUACUUCAUCGUUGUCAUGCUGCAGAUCUUUGCCUCUCACAGACAGUUUUUGGACACAUCCCGUUACAUCCUGUUUGCACACAUGCUGAUCAAUGACACCCUGCAGAUCCUAUCCUCUGUGCUACUCUUCCUCUGUGUGAUGGGUCGGGUCAAGUUACCUCUUCUGUUCUGUAUCCCUCUGCUCUUAGUGUGUUCCUGUACCUUUCAGAACACCACCUUUAUUCUGGCUGCCAUGUCACUGGAGCGUUAUGUUGCCAUUUUCUACCCUCUGCAGCGCCCGGCCUCCUGGCGCUCAGACCGUAUCUGGAUCAUUACUCUGCCUCUGUGGAUCAUCAGCUUCAUAUUCGCCAUUAAUGAGCUUUUCAUUGGGAACCACAGUCCUGUAGAUGUCCUCUCUACCAGCAUGAUUUGCAAAACUACAGCUUUCAACCAGUCUCCAAUCCAGGGAGUUUAUCGGCUUGCUGUGUAUGUACUUUCCUUUGCAGUGGUAAGUGUUAUCAUCCUCUUCACCUAUGUGAGGAUUGUGAUGGAUACCAGGAAGAUGCGGCAGGACAGAGCUUCAGUGAACAAAGCCAUGUACACCGUGCUGCUGCACGGCUUCCAGCUGCUGCUGUGCUUGCUGGCUUUCACCCAGCCCAUCUCUGAAACUCUAAUUGUGCUCCACACAAACUGGCCACCUGAGGAUGUCGCCUUUUUUAAUUUCUUCUGCUUCAUCCUCAUACCUCGCUUUCUCAGUCCGCUAAUUUAUGGCUUCAGGGAUCAGAGUCUGAGAAAGCACAUUGAGAAUAGGUUUCUCUGCUGGUCAAAGAAAGGCAAAACAUUUUUCAAAUGGUGA